AUGGCAAAAGUCGUAACAGAAAGAGAAAUUGUAACUGAACUCUUAAGACAAUUUAAGAACUCGCCAUGUUUAUGGGAUACUACACACGCAUCUUAUUUCAACAAAGAAGCAAGGAAAAAGCAAUACCAAAUUAUGUUAAACGUAUAUCGGCAAUUGGAUCCUUUUAGCACAGUGGAAACUUUAAAAAAGAAACUUGAACAUUACCGAGCUGGUUACAGAAGAGAAAGAAAGAAGGUGGAGAAUAGUACGAUGAAUGGUGGCAGUCCAGACAGUAUACAUCAACCGACGCUGUGGUAUUACAAUCUUUUAACAUUUCUCAGUGUAAAACCGAACCAUUCGAGUGAUGAAGAUGACAAUACGCCCUUAAGAGAAAUAAAGAAAAGACGAAUAUCACUCACAGACAAAGUUAAAAAGGAAAAAUUAGAAGAUUCACGGCAAGAUCAUUCUAGUGGCAAUUGGGACACGCCGGACUACAUUACCUCGUACGCUGAAUCCAUCGCUCGACAACUAAAAGAACUUGAUGAACCAGUCAGAUACGAGGCUGAAAGAAUAAUAUCUGAUGUUAUCUAUCGAGCACGGACAGGUACUCUGCCUAAAUAUUCUUCUGAAGUUGUUGAUACCUUGAUGAUCCCCCAGUUCGGACCUUCUUGGUACGAUGUGGCUGACCAGGGUGACGUUCAAGAACCGAAAGAGUGUUUAGUAGUAACACUAGCACACGACGCAGAACAACCAGAAUCACCAGGACCUAGUACUAUUGAAAUAUCGAAGAAUUUCUUUCCUAACAAAUAA